AUGCUAGCACGAUGGUUUGAUCGCGAUGGGAUUGGGCAAUAUCUAGCACCAGAUGAAAACGCUGCAAAGCAAGUAGUGAAGGAAGAAGCCAGGGCUACGUUUUGGCAAAUCGUUGCGCCUGAUCCCAAAUUUUCAGAAAGGCAAGCGCCGCCACAGGAUGCCUUCGCAAUGCUGCCAGGGAGUCCAAAUCAAAUCCGUUGUAUGCAUUGUCAUCGGUGGACAGAUAUUUCAAAAGGAGCAGGGUCUGAGAACAAGGGUGAAACUCCAGGCAAGGUUCCUGAAACGCCAAAGCAGACGUCUGCGAACUCUUUUACCACACCAAAGAAGCAAUAUAAAACCCCCAAAGACAAAAUUGACGAGGAAAUCAAUGCGCUGGUCCUCUCGGCUGCGAAAGAAACAGCUGCAAGCAUGACUUCGCCUUCGCAUAUUCGGGAGGCACGGGAUAAAAUCUUUAGGAUUUGCGGUUGUCAGAAACCAAUCAGUGACAAAAUCACAAAGCGGUUGCGAAAUUCGUUCAAGAAGAAUCCAAAACUCCUCAGCUCUCGUUCCACUCACCUCGGACAAUUAGUUCCAGAUGGAUACACUCCACUCAUGGCCUGUGCUCACGCUGGUAAUGGCAUAGCUGGAGCUGUCGUACUUGAGAUGGCUCCAAAGGGCUGUAUAUGGGAGACCGACUUACAGGGCCGAACGGCACUACAUAUCGCUGCUGAGACAGGAAACGUAGAUAUGAUUGAUCUUCUUAUACCAAAACUAAUUCAAGCCAACGGAAUGAAGUCUCCUCCUCCUGUCGAUAUUCUGGGGCGCACUCCAUUUGGCACCGCUGUGACAUCUCCCAACCCAACUGCGAAGAAGCGUAGAAAGGAACUAGAGUCGGCCCUCUUUUCGCCUGGCGAUCUAUCAGUCUUCGGUCAUGCAAAGUCCGAAACAGAGCGGGGAGGACAAUGUCCCGAACUUCAAAUCGCUUACGGAAUGGCUGAUAUGCCGGGAAUGCGCGUGCAAAUGGAGGAUGCUGUUUGUUGUGAAACCUGGAAACAAAGUGGAAAAUCAUACUGCGUGUUGGCAGUUUGUGAUGGUCACGGUGAUCGAGGCAGUGUCUCUCAAUUUGUGGCAGAUAACCUGGUGACGGUAUUAAAGCCGCACAUCGAUGACAUGGAGUCGACUUGGCAAGAAAAGUUUGAAAAGGCUUGCUUGACUGUAGACGCCAAUCUAAAAGACGAAGGCAUUCCUGGGGGAUCGACCGCAGUCAUCGCUUUGACUACCGAGAGCGAAAUCAUUGUUGCAAAUGUAGGAGAUAGCCGUGCUAUCCUGAUUCAAUCGUCUGGAACUAACCUGGAGGCCAAGAUGGAAAAGUUGGCAUUGGACGGCUCCAAAGACACCGAUGCUCCUCCAUUGCAACAAGAGGGCGAAAAGACUGGCGAAUCAUCUGAAAACGAGAAAUCUGUCAUUGGCUUGUCUGAGGAUCACAAACCUAAUCUUCCAGAAGAGCAAGCUCGAAUCGAGGCUGCUGGAAUGAAGGUGAACGCUGUGAUCUUUCAAGAGGAUGGGAAAGAAGUGACUAUUCACAAAGUGGCGUUGAGUGAAAAGGAUCAACUGGCUGUUUCCCGUGCAUUUGGUGACUUUGAGUACAAACUCAACACAAGCUUGCCGCCUGAGGAACAGGCCGUUGUUGCCGUUCCUGAGGUUCGAGUUCAUAAAAGAGACCCAGAUCGUGAUUUGUACUUGGUAUUGGCCUGUGAUGGAGUGUUCGACGUGCUUGAUAACAAGCAGGUCAUGAAGUUUGUUCUUGAUCAAGUCAGCGUUCGCAAAGAAAUAACGGAUACCGUUCUUCCAGAAGUUGGAGACGCACUUCUUCGGGAGAGUCUCAACGCUGGUUCCAAGGACAAUAUGACUGUUGUUGUUGCUGCAUUAUCGAAAGAAUCGACAGGAAUCAAGACCAUAAUUCAAGGAAGAACUUUGGACUUCACGUCCCCGGAUGUUGUGCAAGGUUAG